CCUCAUUCAUUCAGUCUUAAUCUUUAGGACAGUACAGAGCGAGACAUAAUGUGGUUUUACAAAAUGAUGUGCGUGAUUAUGUUGGCUACGGGUACUGUACAAGGAUCCACCUUCACAACAAACACUGCUAUCACCAAUUGGGAAAAUGCCCCAUGCAAACUUGCCGUCCCUAGUCCGAAGUAUUCUAUAGACAAACACUGGACAGUUGAUGAACCACAUUUGCCAAUUCCGAAAAAUGGACUAUGGAUAGGCUACGUUUAUGGACAGGUUGCGUUUGACUAUUUAGGAUGUUCGUCAGAUUGCACAGAAAAUACAACCGAUGUUAAAAGCGUGGGCGAGUGUCAUCUAAUGUGCAGAGGGAAAGCAUUUGGGAUCCAAAAGGCCGAGUCUAUAGACAGUUUUCGGUGCUGCUGUCGCCACUACACGGGAAGUCUUUUAAGCAAAUCAUGUAACGAUCAAUGCGGAGAUGAUGGAAUGUUUCUGUGCGGCAAAAAAGAUUCAGAAAAUAACUCCUUUUCCAUAUACGGCAUUACUAAUGUUUCAGCUUUUAAUAAUAACACUGAAAGUUUCGUUUGUCUUGAUUUUAACUAUCCAAACUUCAUAUGGGCAUCAUGCAAAGGACCAAGCAAAGGACUCAUGUGCAGCAAUGUUGAAGUUCGACCAAUGGGGUACUUGGCCCUAGUGACACACAUUCGCACUGGACAGGUGUGA